AAACUCCCUUACACUUCCAGGUUCAUCCGCAUCCUUACUCUGCCUCCAUCCAAGGCCAUCGCCUCAUCGCGGCUGCCCCGCGGCCAGUCUCCAGUCACAACAUGGACACCAAUCCUCUGCGUACCUUCGCGAUUCCCGUUGAACCCAUCCAGUUUUCCACCACCCCCGUCGUGAACCAUGCCACAUCUUCCAAGACCCGCGGAUCUAAGACAGGGUCCGCGCCCACCGUGCCCUCUGGCUACGCGGAGCAGACAGAACAGUCAGACUCAUCGGCGUCGGCCACCAGCCCAAGCGCAGAUCCAGACACCCAAGAUCUAACACAACAAGAUGGAGAAACUCCCUCACGAGCGUCGGUCAAGAACACAGCCGCGGACCAGAACGGUUCCACUGAAACGCAAAUCAUUCCCAAUGCUGCCGCACCCUCGACACCCAUGAAUCCUCAAUACCCGAAUCAAUCCUCUGGCAACCAACCCCAUUUAAUACCCUCCUUUACUCCCCGCUCAACGCCUUCUGGCUCACUCUAUCAGAACCUUAGUUCCACCGGUAGCAGUCUCAUUUGGAAGAACUCUACCUCAUCCCUACCUAAUGGCACACCGCGCCAACUCUCAAAACAUUCACAGGUCUACACAACCCCAAAAGGCGUUAUCCGCGCUGAUCCUUGGACCUCCAAGCAUAAUGAUCCAACUACGACCCCAGGGAGCGUUGCGCCAACAGAGCCUGAGAACCCCGGCCCAGUUAAUCCUUUCAGUGACACCUUCCCUCUGGUCUUAGACCCUCCUGACCUCGAUGAAUGGCGGCAUAAGCUCUUCAAUGUGACGGACACGCUAGUUCUGUCUGAGGAAGAAUACCUCACCUAUUUCCCUCACGUUGACAAUGUCUAUUCCCACCGCUCCACCCAAAGAUACAAGCGCAAAGCAUUUGUUUCGCACUACUGGGACUGUCGAUUGAAGGGUCGUCCAAGUGGAACCCCCAAGAGUGACGACCCCAACAAGAAGAAGAGAAAGCGUCAGGCUCGUGAGCGCGAUCUUUGUGAUGUUAAGAUCAAAAUCACCGAGUAUUUCUCCGCCGAGGAGGCUGCAAAACAAGGUCUUCAUACUGGAACCAGCGAUAUGCCACCCUUGUUUAAUGGCAACAUUGCCCCCGAACUACUGGGCGAUUCUUCCGGCACUGUCGCGGUCCCUCCAACCAACGACGAGGACCAUGAUCUGACCAUUGUCCUGGAGGAUGGUAGCAACAAUCCCACCAAUCCCACCGACAAUUUCGGCCUUUUGGAACUGCCUCGCAAAUUUCCAAAAGGCCACCCUGGUGCAGAAGGCAAAAGAUGGUUUGCAAUUCAGCGAGUGCGUGGGAAUCCAGGCGGUGGAGCCCUUAGCGAGCAGAAGCGGAAUUCAGUGAAUGGGGCCAACGGCAUGGAUGGCGGCGAAGAUGAAGACGGGGACACCAGCAUGUUGGAUCCCAACAUGGCCGCUGAUUCAAAUCACAAACACAGCCUGGAAGACAGUGAUCGCAUCAAGAAAAACAGCAUCGAAAGAUGGAUCAUCAAGGAGGAGAAGGAAAAGAAGAGACUCAGUAAACUCAACGCAAACGCGCCCCCUCCCAAUCCAAAUCAAACAGCCGCCACCGAAUCCAUUACACCGACCUUUCGUGCCAGUGGCAUGGCUUGGGUCACAGCACGUUCGCAUGCUCAACCCGCAUCAUCUAAAAUCACCUUCUUUGCCAACGGUUUCUGCCCCUUUGCACAGCGAGUCUGGAUUGCUCUGGAGCUCAAGGGUAUCCCUUACCAGAUGGUGGAAAUCAUGCCAGACCACCUGGACAAAUUUCGACCCGCAGAGAUGUUGGCCGUGAAUCCUGAAGGCAACAUCCCCUGCAUCAAGCAUGGAAACUGGGCGAUUUGGGAAAGCGGCGUGAUACUGGAGUACCUGGAGGAUUUGUCUAUGGGACAUCCCUUGUUACCUCUAGCGAACCCGCAAUUACGGGCGCAUUGCCGACUAUGGACGGACCAUAUCAACCGAAAGAUCCUCCCGAGUUUCUACAGCCUCUUGUUGACGCCCCCACCGAGUCCGCAAAGCCAGCUGGAUGGAUUCGACGAGGAGGGUGAUUUCCAGACAAGGAGAAACACGGCACAACACACCAUGUUAGUGGCAACACUACAGGAGAACAUUACUUCUCUGGUCAAUGCCAGCCAUGCGACGGGCCCAUUCUUUCUGGGUAACGACCUCGGCUAUGUCGAUGUGGUUUUCGCACCGUGGAUCAUCCGUUUGUCGCGAGUGCUUUCAUACUAUCGCAACUUCCCCCGUCCAGAAGUGGGCACAAGAUGGCGUCGAUGGGUUGAUGCUAUCGAAGGAGACGAGCGAAUUCGCCGAACAAUCAGUGACGAGAAUUCCUACCAUGGUGUCUAUCGUGGCGUGGGCGAAGAUGGCUGGGACAGCUUCACCAAACCAGUGGGUGAUGAAGACGGCAUUGAAAAGCCGAAAGCGAUCGUGGAAAUUGAUUAUGCCAAACGCGUGGUUGCUCAGGAAGGUUUUGGUCUUGGAGGCGACGUUUGGGGUCAUCUUGGUGUCAAUGAGGGAGACGCAGAGAAGAGACUAACGGCAUAAUUGGUGACAUGGAGGACUUGGUCAGUCAAAAGGACUUGGACGCUGUCGGUGUGAAUGUAACAAACACCAUCAUUCUGUACAUCAUAAAAGUUCGUAGGGAGGAAGCUGAAGCUGAAGCUGCGAUUUGACUUGGCUUAGCUUGCCUCUCUUGAGAAUUGGUCGAAUAUUUCCGACUGAAAUAUUCGAGUUUAAUCAUCCUCUCCACCGUCUAGAAAGGAUACCGGAUGUUAUAUCCAGCUAAGACGCCUCGGUAAUGGAAG